AUGGGAAAGAGAUACAGGUCUCUACGUGAAAACAUUCAGGCUCCAAUUUGGUCUGCUGGCACAUUACUUCGUUCGUCCCUGAGCAUUAAUGACUUAGCCUUUAAGUUGUUAUCCCAUAACCUCCAUUUCAGCAAAGGCUGCAGUCGUGAUGAACAAAAUGGCUCAUUUUACCCUGUGCGGUGUAAUGCCCCCAAGAUAAUUAAAUUUGGGGGCAGCGUUCUUCAAUACUUCCCAAAGAUGGCCAUAAACGUGACUUUAAUGGAACAACAGCCAAAAGCAGGCAGCCACCACUUUGGAGGGGCAGAAGGGCAACAAGCAUUAGCGUACAGGUUGCUGGAGGAUAAUCUAUUUUUCUCUUCCAGGGUCUCCCUUGUAGCCCACAAGAACAUGGAGGCCAGUGUUGUGAAAGCCAAGACCUGCAGUGGCCCAAUGGGAGCAGGCAAUGCCAGUGAGUUGAGCGAAUUCUUCCUUGUGGGCUUCACCAAUGAGCUUCAGCUUCAGCCCAUCCUCCUCGCCCUCUUCUUCCUCAUCUAUGCAGUCACAGUAGUUGGAAACCUGGGCCUCCUUGUUCUCAUUGUGGUGAGCUCCCGACUCCACACUCCCAUGUAUUUCUUCUUCAGCAACCUGUCCUUCAUUGAUUUCUGUUAUUCUUCCAUCACCGUCCCCAAAAUGCUGAUGGGGUUUUUCUCUGGUUGCCAAACCAUCUCCUUCUCUGGUUGUGUGGUCCAGACAAGCUGCUGUGUGAUCUUUGCUGUCACUGAGUUCUUCCUCUUGGCCACCAUGGCCUAUGACCACUAUGUGGCCAUCUGCAGCCCUCUGCUCUACCAUAUCAUCAAGGUCCUUCAGGUUCUCCUGUUUGUUUCUGGUGGUUUUAAUGUGUCUGUGUCCCUGACAGUAGUCCUGGUCUCCUACACAUGUGUCUUCAUGGCUAUUAUCAGAAUCCCCUCAGCCCAGGGCAAACACAAGACAUUCUCCACUUGUGCAUUCCACCUGACUGAUGUCAGUUUGUACUAUGGAACCACGGUAUUCAUUUACUUGUGCCCAACCUCUGAGUACUUACUAGGCAGGGAAAGGCUGGUCUCUGUAUUUUACACAGUGGUCAUCCCCAUGCUCAACCCCAUGAUCUACAGUCUGAGGAACAAAGAUACGAAGGAAACAUUUGGGAAUGUUCUUAAGAAGACCUCACAAUUCUUCCCCCUCCCCAUACCCAGAUUUCCAUGA